GAAAUAUUACAAAUAGAUCUCCGUAGUCACACGAGAUUUUCUGUUUAAUCUCCUAUAUCCACAAAUUUUAGGUAGAAUUAAAAUAAACACGAAAAAAAAAUGAGCGACGAAAGUGUAUUGUUAAGUGAUUUACAAACAUUUAAGGAUAGUUUUUAUCAGGCAAUAAGAGAAGAAAAUGUAGCGGGUCAAGUCGAUAUGACAAAGAAGCUGGGUAUCUUAGCCGAGCACUUGGGUCAGGAAAUAACAAGAACAGAACUUUUGCCAUUCAUUCAAGAAAACAUCGAUUUUCAUGACGAAAUUCUAUUGAACCUUUCAGAACAACUGAAAGAAUUUAUACCAUUAGUUGGAGGAUACGAGUAUUCACAACCGGUUCUUGAUCUUCUGCGGAAAAUCUGUAUCACAGAUGAAACAGUUGUUCGAGAAAAAUCACUUGAAACGUUGAAGAGUAUAGCUAAGGAUUUGAAUAGCGAACUUACAGAAUCAUUGUUUCUUCCCCUUUUAGAGACUUUGGCAAACGAAGAUUGGUUCACUAGUAAAUGUUCAGCUAUUGCACUUUUUCCAAUCGUAUAUUCGAAAGUUAAAGAAGAUAAAAAAGAAGAUCUUCGACAUAAUUUCCGUUUACUGUCUCAAGACGAUUCACCAAUUGUUAGAAAAGCAGCUGCAAUUGGUCUAGUUGAUUUGAUACCUUUAUUAGACAAAGAAAGUAUCAAAAAUGAGUUCAUAUCAGUAUUUGACAAUAUAGCAAAUGAUAAUAUGGACUCAGUUAGAGUUCAUGCCAUCAAAGCUGCAAUUAUUAUCUGUAAUAGAUUAACAGAAAUAGAAAUAGAGGACUUCAUUUUCAAGACUUUGGAACGUUUGGCAGAUAGCGAUUCCUGGAAAAUACGGCAAGUGGUGGCCAUGAACAUAGCAGAAAUUCAGGAAGUAAUACCAUUCCCAAAAUUAAGAGGGAAAAUAUUAGCUACCUUUCAAAAAAUGUUGAAAAACACCGAAGAAGAAGUGAGAAUAGUGGCAGUUAAAAACCUAAUUCCCUACUGCAAAAAUUUGAAAAAAUCCUACGAAUACCCGAAUAAUUAUGAAAACAACUUUGAAUCUGUAGUUGUGCAAAGCAUCAUUCCGCAAAUAUCCCUUCUAGUAGUUGAUACUUGUAUCGACGUUAGGUUAGAAUUGGCUAAGCACAUAUUGAAGUUAAGUACUGUGUUAUCUAAGCAAGUUUUUAUGGAACACGUAAUGCCUUUGGUGAUAGAUAUUUUAGAGUUAGAUACGUCGGUACCUGUAAAAGCGAACGUUCUAGAAAACCUAAAUGAUCUUCCAAAUGACGUAGAUUUCGCAAAGUCUCUACCUUCUAUUAAAAACGUCAUGAGGACUUUGAUAGUGUAUUCACAAUCUCAUUGGCGUACUAGGAAGGGAUUGUUAGUGACAUUCAUGCAUAUAGCGCGCUUCGCAUCAAAGCAAUACUUUUCGGAAAACGUGAAAAUAUUCUUCGCCAGCUUACUAGGAGAUCCAGUAUUCGCUGUCAGAAGAACUGCCCCUAUUAUACUACCUUUACUAGCUAAACAGUAUGGAAUGAUUUGGACUGAUAAGCAGAUAAUACCAUACUUUAAAAUGUUCAAAAAAGAUAGUAGAUAUCUGUAUAGAUACGUACCUUUAUUUGGAAUAAACGAAUUAUUGAACCCAUCUAUAAUUUCGGAUGAAGAGAUAAAAUACUUGAAAAGCAUGGAACAGUAUAAAGAAGAAAGUACAACAGCUAAACUUUUAUGGAAAUUACAAUGUUUGUUGGAAAAGUUGAAAAGUAAACUCGGAGAAAAAACUUUUGAAGAUAUUUUAUCUUUAAACAAGAGCAUAGAUGAUUUUAAAACUGAUACAGUUUUUUUAUACGCUGGCGACACGUUAACAUCAUUAAAAGAACACUACAACCAAGAUCUUUUUACAUGUGAAAAAGAAAAUAUGGAAAUAAUAGACGACUGGUAUUUGACAGGUCUAGUUUCGCUAAUCUAUAGAGAAUUCUUAGAGUUACUUUUAACUUUAUUCGAUGAUAAAAUUGUUAACGUGCAAAUUAGAUCUAUAUUUACAUUGAAUAAAAUAAAAGUUUUUACGGAUAGUUUAUCUAAAGAAUUUGAAGAACCGUGGAUAAAAGAAUGUUUAUCUUCACUCAAUAAAGAAAAUAAAGAAGAAAUAGUGAGACAAGUCGAUAUUGAACUAAGUGUACAAUGUAUGGAUGUGGAAGAAGAAAAUAUAAAUACUGAAUUGAUGGAAAAUAUCUUCAGUACUAAUCAAAUAGUGUCAUCUAAUAAUGAAUUGAUAUUCGAAAAUUCAAAAAUGAGUGCAGAAGUUAAUAUAGAUGUGGCAAUUAAUAACAAAAUUAACGUUGUUAAAAAUAGUUCAGAUAAUAGUGAUAACAAAAUUUUUUCUAGCGAGGAAGAAAAUGGAAAUGGCACUUUAACCGAAAAUGUUAACAGUGCAUUGAAUACAGACACUACAGAAGAACAUAUAACCGACCAAACUGUAUCAAAUUUGAAUGAUGCCAGUACGUCUGGGGCAGGCAGUAAUAGCAUUUCAUAAAUUCUGAAAUAGCGUCAUUGAUGAAAGCAGUAUUUAUAUACAAGUUGGUACAUUGUAUAAAUUAAUUUCUAUAUAAAAAAUGAGGGUAAUGCUUUUUGUACACUUUUUUCAAUUUGAUAAACGAUAUAAAACCUUUCAAAGGGAUUAAUUGAGUACGUAAUUUGUUCAAAUAUAUAGGGUACUCAUUUUUUUAAAUAUUUAUCCAUGAAAAUAGUUGAAACGAUUAGAAUUUUUUUUUAAUGGCACACUUUAGUAUCUACACACUGCUGUAAGCGACUCACGGCCUAUUAGACCCCCUUUACCCAUAAUGCUUCCCUUUGAACGUCGAUUUUAUUCUCGGGAAUAGAGAAGAGUGGGGCCAAGUAGAUCCUAACAGAUCGCCUUACAGUUGUCCUUUUGCGCACAUCUUUUUCAUUGCUAAGUUUUCUGUGACGAGCUGAAAAACUUGAGUUUGAGGAAUUCUCAAUUUAUCAGCAAUCAUUCUAAUACUUAUCCUACGAUGAGUAUUCAAUAAUUUUUUCACUCGUGACCCAUUUUCCCCAUUUCUUCUUUUGCGUUGAUUUUAUUCUCGGGAAUAGAAAAAAGUUUGGUGAGGCCAAGGAAAUCUUGGCAGAUCGUUUAUUGGUUGGCCUUUCGCUCCUCUGACAACAUUCGCGGCACCAACUUCGCGCACAUCUUCCUCAUGGCUAAGUUUUCUGUAACGUUCUUAAAACCUUGAGUUCAAGGAAUUCUCAAUUUAUGAGCAAUCAAUCUGAUAUUCAUCCUACGACGAGUGUUCAAUAUUUUUUUACUCGUGCCCUAUUUCCUUGUUGGUCGAAAGGCGGUUAAAGCGGUCUCCUUACUUGCUCAGAACAGCUUGGGCCAUUCAAUAACACUCGAUCUAGCCAUAGCAGCAUCACAGUAUUCAAUCCCUAAAUUGAUUUUUCAAAGCUAGUCCUGAAAUGUCUAAGUUUAGCUAAUACCAGUCGAAUGCUUCAUAGUAAUAUACUAUAUCGUGAAAAUAUUCAAAAAAUUUAAGCUGGAUAAACACUACUAUAGCCAAUGAAAUUUAUGGUCCUUUUCACAAAUCGCCCUUAAGAUUAAUAAAGUACAUAACUGACUCUAUACAUUAUAUAGAAAUUAUACGAAUAUUUAACAGAAGUCAUAAACGAACCUUCGAUUUUACACACAUUCUGAAACAUUUCUGAGGGAAUCUAUAAUAUUGAGCCAAAAGCAUAGCGAAUAUAGCAGGUUACCUUGUAGAGCAACAUUAUUUUCUUGCUAUUAAAAUGAGUUUACACUUAGUUUUGGGCAGCUCAUAUUCCAAUAAUUUUCAGUCGGUUUGAAAAAAAGUGUACAUCAAUCAGCGCUUCUAUUUCUGAACCUACUAUCAAUUAAUGUUCAUAAGUCUAGACCACCUUGUAUAUAUUAUCUCGAAACAAAACUAAGAAAUGUAUUAUAAAUUUAGGAAUAAAAUAUUUUCGUAUUGUUCA